CUGUGGGCACACGCCUGGCCGCUCGGUGCCCUGUGGUCCCUGCAAGCAGACCCGGGCACGUGGGCUUUGCACUUGACUUGCGGCUCCCUCCUGCAGACGAGAAGGUGCAGAAGAGGGAGGCCGGCGGAUCCGAGGGCCUCAGCUCCCGGGAGGAGGGCAUGGCCUCUUUCCACUAGAGGACACUCCCUCCCGAUGGACACUCCCUUCCUCCUGCAGAAGCGUCCGCAGCCCCGCUGUUAGGUCCCCGUGGCCGCUGUAGGCUGCUGCGGCUGCCGUGGUCCAGGGAGAACGUGUGUCCCAGCCGAGGCUGAGAGAGCUGCGAGACUCAAGGAGGUUCCGAGAGCUGGCGUGGGGCCGCCGGGAAGUGGCUGCAGCCGCGGCGGGGACAGCGACCAGCACGACUGUGAAACGCUCCCGGUGGGUGGAUUCCCUCUCGCCCCCCAGACCGUCUGCGAGGGCUCCAGCCGUCAAGCUCGGCAGUCUAGACGUCGCAGCAGCUGAGCCAUGGCCGAGGGGGAGAUCACCACCUUUGGGGCCCUCAUGGAGAAGUUUAACCUGCCACCAGGGAACUACAAGAAGCCCAAACUCCUGUACUGCAGCAACGGGGGCCACUUCCUGCGCAUCCUCCCGGACGGCACAGUGGAUGGGACCAGGGACCGCAGCGACCAGCACAUUCAGCUGCAGCUCAGUGCGGAAAGCGUGGGGGAGGUGUAUAUAAAGAGCACGGAGACUGGCCAUUACUUGGCCAUGGACACCGACGGGCUUUUAUACGGCUCACAAACACCGAAUGAGGAAUGUCUGUUUCUGGAAAGGCUGGAGGAAAACCAUUACAACACCUAUACCUCCAAGAAGCAUGCCGAGAAGAAUUGGUUUGUUGGUCUGAAGAAGAACGGAAGCUGCAAGCGUGGUCCCCGGACUCACUACGGCCAGAAAGCGAUCUUGUUUCUCCCCCUGCCCGUCUCCUCCGACUAGAGAGAUGCACCCCGGGUGCUGAGCGCUCCACAGCUGACCCCAGAUUGUUCCCUUGACCAUUGGCUGCGCUCACCCCGGCCCCCCCAAGCCUGAGCCUGUUAGCCGUGCCCUGCUCCAUGCCCGGUACCCUCCUUUGGCAGUGCCCCUUUACCCCAGCACAGUUUGGGAUGGAGGGACCAGAUUGCUUCCAGGGGCCAACUGGCCGGCCAUGGUGGGUCUCGUUUGAAUGUCCAGUUGCCUCUGGGCACCUGCAGGCUGAGCCUUUUCAUGCCUAGGUGGGGCCAAUAGAGAUGUGGGAAGGGGUCUGCCAAGCGGGCCAUUAGUAACCGCGUCCAGGUCCCUCUGCUGAGUAAACCCUGCCUGUGAUUCUCCCCCCCCCAACAUCUGGCCUGACUCCCUUGAUCCUUGCAAACACCCCACAAAUAUUGGCAGAGAAGCUUAAAGCUAGGUAGGAGGGUGGUGGUGUUCCACGAAUAGAAACAGCAUCCAAGAAAUCUCCCCUUGGCACAAAAGAGACUAAAAUGCCAAGGGAGAUGAAAUUUGGGGUGGAGAGCUUAGAAUGAAGGGAAUUCACAUUUCCCAACUGGGAGAAGCUGGGCUGGGAGACGUUAGCCCUGGGGAAAGCAGCAGAAAUAUGUCGCUUUGGAGGUCCUCGAACCCUGAAGUUGGUCUCUUGGGACAGUUUGAAGUCCCUGAAGGGGGUCAGGUGGAGAGAGAAUGAAGCCAGUCCCUGUAGAAGCGAGGGCUUUGGAGACUGAUAAAUACAUCCAGGCCCAGGGAGUGUGUGUGAGUGAAGAGGAAGGAGUGACUUGGGCUGCAAGGAUAUUCAUUCUCACACGUGCAAAGAGAAAAGUUUAAGGUGCCAUGACUUGUGUGGCCCCAACAGGAAGCCCAGGGUUGGGGUGCAGUUCAGCACUCAUGGGACAUCCGGGAUAUCUGGUUUGGGAGGGCGGAGAGGCCCCCCUGAGGGGUCUGGCUGGAGUGCUGACAUUUCUCACAAGCUCCCAGGUGCCGACCACGUGGCUUUCUUCCCGCCCCCGAGUCUCAGCAGCCAGGUCCAGAUGAAUGGGGGCGCAAAUGAAGGUGACUCAAACCCAGCCCACUCCCGGCUCUGUCUGCUGGCCUCCCCACACACCCACAGGCAGCACCCCCGGCACCCCCGCCUGAGUUAAGGAGCAUGGAUGCAAGGCGCUUUGGCCCAAGGCCUACACAAUGCCCGUUUAGAAGAUCCACAAAAGCAUACUGCAGAAACCGUUCAACCCUCACACACAGGGUUCCCCAGGGACCUCGUGUGUUAUGAUUACUUGUAUAAAUAUGUUUCCUGCUUAAAGUAAACUUGACCCAAGUGGCUAGCAAAUUAGAAACACCAUUCAUCUCUGACAUAUGAUAUUGCUGCCAUGCAAAGGUCUUUAAUAAGCCAUUGAAAUUUACUGUGAGACUGUUUUUAAUCACAUUUUAAAAAAUAUAGCUCAAAGGCAGUUACACUGAUUAGCAUUCAGCCAUUAAGAAUUAUAAAAGUAGAAUGGGGCCGAAAUGAUAGUACAGCAGGUGUUUGCCUUGUACACAGUCAGGGUUCAAUUCUCAGUUCAAUUCCUAUGGUCCCCCCGAGCACUGCCAGGGGUAAUUCCUGAGUGCAAAGCCAGGAGUAACCAGUGAGCAUCACCAGGUGUGGCCCAAAAACAAAAAAACAAAGAAAAAAGAAUUACAAAAUUAGAUAUGAUAUAUAAGCUAUUCAAUUAUCUACUACUUGCACUACAUUUACUUAUAAAAUGAGAUUUUUUUCUUCCACUGUGUUGUAACACAUUUUCUUUAGGAAGUGGGGACUCAUACAACAAUAUGAUCAUUGUGGAAAAAACUUAUGAGAAUGUUACCUUAUGUUUUGUGAGAAAUUGAAUUAAUCAUUAGUUAAAAUAAUUCCUUAGCAAUGGACCUGUCAUAUUUAGAAUGGAAGAACAAUGGCAAUUUAUGAAAGUUCAAAGUGACGUGACAGUGCAAUUGAAGAACUGAGCAAAGUUAAAAUUAUGGUUAAUAACACCGUCCUGCAUUUGUGCAAUAUAAUGAUUUCAGAACUUUGGUUUUGUACCUUGGACAAAAUGACUCUGUUUUAUUUUAGCAAAUCUUUGCAAGCAAGUUGGGACUAGCGCAGUGUAACUUAACAGCUCUUUACUAUGAUGAUUUGGCCAGAAAAAAAAGGUACCCAGAGAGGAAAUCCAAGAUAUUAAUAAUGAUCUGUAAUUUCUAGCAUCUGAAUCAAAUUCAAGUAUAACAUUGGCCAAGAAAAAUGAAAUCCUGUUGCUAACAGAUGAGACAGAACUCUGUGGUUUUAGAAACCCAAAACACUGUAGAAGAAACAGCUCUGUAACUUCUACAACCCAUGCCAGUCUUCUUGGUAGAUUUGUUGGAUGUAUUUAAGUGCCUACUGUGUACCGGGCACUGGACGGAGUACUGGGGUCUCCGGGAACCUGUCUAUCUGGUUUGCUGCUGUAUUCUCUCCCAGGGCAUUAUAUUUAUGACUGUAGAUUCAUUUCUUUCAACCUAGUAUAAACAUUGACUUCAUUGGUUCCUUCAGAAUAAACACCAAGUCCCAGAAAUCCAGGUUUUGGAAGAAUCGGCAACCCCCAAGUGUUAGAUAAAUUUCUACCAAAGUGGCAGAGCACAGAGGGAGACAAAAUCCAACAUUUUCAAUGAUAGAACAGGGUUGGCUUUGGGGGAACUGUUUCCAACGUAGGAAGUGAGAGUCUGUCAGCUCCUGUACAAAGGAAGUAGCUGGCAGUUUCAUGCUCUAUUUUGAAUAUGCGCUGGUUCCUCAAACACAGAACAUUCCCAAUGUCUCUGUCUCUCUGUUGCCUGAGUAAAGCUUGUGGCCAUCUGUCUGUCACAUGGCUCCUGUGGAGACUGAUUUUCAAGCCAACUUUUAUGAGCGACCUGACAUUGUGUACAAAGUACCAGGAGCGUGCCUGUCUUUGACUGUACUCAAUGUGGUGAGGGAGGUGGUGGUGACGUUUCCUUGGAAGGGAUGGUUAUAAGAGCCUCCAAUGGCCAACAGCGUGUACUUAGAAAAAUCUGACUGGCGCCUCAUGUGUUACUGAAGAUCAAGUAUCCUACCUUGUAAGGAGGCGAUAGAGUCCAAGUCCUCAGCAGUGCAGAAUCCACUGGCAGAGUGAACCCUGCUCCCGGGCUACAACACUGAUCUCUGGCGAAGAUGCCUGUCAUUUCACAUCACACACACCCCCUCUCCAUUUCUUAUGCACCCUACAAGUAUUAAUAAACAUUCUAGUAUGUGAGACUUUC